GAAUGAGCAGGGGAGCAGGGGCACCUUGGUCUUGUGUAGAGCCAGAUUCAUUGCAGGACACUGACCCCUCAUCAUCGUCAUCACCGUCACCGUCGGCGCAUGUUAGCCAAAUCCCUCGAUUUUCGUCACUAAUCUUCCCGCCGGCGAUUCUGCCUCCAAUCACGAUCCUCCCUCAGAUCACCCGUAAUUGGGUUGACGAGGCAUUCUGCGGUGAGUAUGAAUAUGAUGGUAAAGAGGAAAGUUCCUUCAUUGGUUGAUUUAUGUAUUAGGACAGCCAUAGAUAAUGUUAGGUAUCUCGGAGAUGUUGGUGAGACAGAUAUAAAUCUGCUUGAUCAUAUUCUGCCGCAUUGUACAGUUGAUCAGUUGAUGCAUAUUGAGAAGUGCACAGAAGAAAGAGAUUUGAGUGAAGUAACUGAUAAAUUAUGGAAAAAAUUUUAUGACAAAGAAUUUGGUGUGAAGAGUACUAAUCUUGUAGUUGAGAGGAUGAAACAGAAGAAAGUAUCAUUUAAAUGGAGCAAACUGUAUGAGGCAAAAUUGAAAGACAGGGAUGAGGCUCAGAAGAAAUCGUUUGAUCGAAUUAAGCAAUUAUACCAGAAGGAAGAUGCCAGAAAACAAAGUCGACAAGUUAAGAUUUGCACUAAAGUUCCACCUUCAAGCAAUAAAAGAUGCUUCUAUGGCGGACCUGGCACUUCCAAUUUGAAGAGCAACUUGAUGAAGAAGGCCAAAGUAGAAUGUCUUAACAGUCCGGAGGUGAAAAAUCUUGCAGCUAUGAAGAAACAAGCGUUGCAAAGUCGCUGCAUCGCUCCUGCAAGAAAGCUUGGCAGUUUUUCGGGGAAGGAUUGUGCUUCAACUUCCAAUCUUACGAAGCCGAUGCAGAGGAGACUGUAAAGCAUGUGUUGUGAUUCACCUGUAAACUCAUAAAGCAUAUAUAUGGAUAUUCAUUUUCCAUGUUCUGAAGUUCUCCCGAGAAUAUCAUUUCACAUCGGGAACGCAUUCAAAUGUAUGAUUAACAUGGUUGUUUUGCAUUUUUAUGUUUCCCGUUUUAAGGUUGGCCCGAUUCAGCUUUAUGACUUGCAAUUAUCACUCAGAAAAACUAAUUUUUGGGCGGGAUUGAAGGCUAAUCCCAAAUUACACACCUUGAGGGAAAUUACAACUUCAA